UGAAAUUUGUGAAAGUUUUGUGUUCAGCUCCCUAGAAACCGACAUCAGACGUCAGCAGGUUCAAGGAACCAUGACAGCAUUUAAAAGAAGUGCAAUGGGAUAUGCAGUGGAAUUUUAAGGCCUUGUUUGGCCUCUUUAGACUUUAACUUUCUCUGUUUUCUAAGGCAGGGGUGCUCAUAAUAACUAUGAGCCCUAAGGGUUAUGAGACCAAGGAGUCCUUGGCAUUACAAUUGUUUGAGGCAGUUGAAGAACAAAACAUUCAAGACAUUUUCAGAUUGUUGGAUCACAACAGGGCUGACCCAAACAUUGUAAUCCCAGAAAAAGGUGUAAGUCCCUUUCACCUUGUCAUUGGCUCUGAUUGUGCCUAUUUUGCUGAGGAAGCAACACGAGCCUUUCUGCAACGCAAUGGAAACCCUAAUGUCAGAAGUGAAGAUGGUCUUACGCCAGUACAUGUGGCUGCUGUAUGGGGAAGAACGGGUCUUUUAGUUCUUCUUCUUUCUUGCGGAGGAGAUCCAUCCCUACGCGAUAACGAAGAAGGCCGCACUCCAUUGCAUUUAGCAUUGAAAGAAAAACAUUGGGAAGCAGCCCUUAUUCUCCAACGUUAUCAAUUAAUGGACAGACGUCACAGACAUAGUGGAGUUCACCCUACUCAACGUUUCAAUAUGAAUUUAGAAACAAUUGUGGUAAAUGCUGGUGAAAUGCAGGCUGAAUAUGCAGCGUCUCCUCAAAACAAUAUGUACCCUAUCCUUUCUCCUGUUCCUGGACCUAAAAAAGGGAAUAAUGGCUGUGGCUGGAACAUAGAGCCACUUGAAACCCAGGAAUAUGUUCGCCAAUGGUGUCACAAGGAGUUUACUCCUGUCACAAGCACUCCUACUCACCACAAACCACUGAAUUGUUCUGAUUUAGUCUACAACCAAGAGACUCUUCUGAAUGGAAGCCCUGUCUGCAAGACACCUAAUAUAACAUCCUCUAAAGUAAUGACUCCCAAAAAUGUGGAUUUUGGUGCAAACAACCUGGCUCCUGCAAAUGCACAGCCUUCAAAAAGUGCACCUAAACCCUCUACAGAUGUCCGCAAAAAUUUAUUUCUUGAAUUGAAAAAGCGUUUUAAUGGGCUGAAACAGUCGUUUGACAGUGCAAAAGAUGAUUCAGGUAAAGCAAACAACUUUGAGCGGAAAGGAAGUUUCGGAUAUUUUCGAAGAAAGAGUGCAGCAAAGUUGAAAAGCAGUAAUCCACAAGUGACAGUUCCUGCUCUGGCCAGGAAUGACAGCAAGAGCUGCAUCAGUGAGAAUUUAAGUUUUGUUACUUCAAGAUCAGUUGAUUCUCCAAGUGGAGAAAAUGCUACUGAUCAAAAUGCUGACUGUGAAAUCAAAUCGAGUCUUGAAAAUUCCCCUGUUGAUGAAGUGGACGCUGUUCCAUUGAAUGGUUCUCAAGAUACUUCUGUAGAAUGGAUUGCUAGUCAGUCCUGCUUUUCAGAAGAGCUCAGCCCCAACUCUAGUCACUCUCAAUCAUACUUCACAUGUGAUGAAGGUCCUACUUUAGCAAGGAGUGAGAUAUUACCCAUUGUUGCUUUGGGUGACCUUCGAAUGGAAGCAGUACCCAUCAUUCCAGAACCGCCAGUGCCACCAGUUUUACCAUUAUCAAAACAGAAUGAAAUACCACAACGCCCUCCUCGUAGGAAGCAGUUAAAAGCAAUGAACACUACUAACCCUGAAUCAGCCCCCUCUAGUGUGCCAUCAACAACUUCUUUUGGAACAAUUGUUUCCGAAGAGUACCGAUACACUGAUGAUGAUGCAGGUGUCGUUUUGAUUGAAAGUCAUUUGUUGGUUAAGCCAGUUGAUGUUCCCAGCCCAUCUGACACUGAAAGUGUGGUAUCUGUACCUCAUACUGUAAUUAGUGAUACACGCACUAUCGCUUCAGAUGUUUCAUCGGUGCCAGCAAGUUUUCUAUACGACUCCAUAGCUCUUCGAAAAGAGUUAAAAUCACUUGGGGAAGAUGUUGGACCAAUCACAUCGACAACCAAAAAGGUGUACCUUCGGCGGUUGUACCGUUUAAAGAAAAGAAAUAGUGGCCCAUCAUCUGUUUCAUGUGUAACAACCUUCACACCUGAGCUGCAACGAGUAUUAAAUAGUGAGGAGUGGGAGUCUGAUAUAAUGAAUUAUGCCAAGUAUGAGAUGCUUAUGAGUGCUCCUUUUGAGAACCCAGAUCCAAACAGACGAUGGCGAGAAGGAGUUGCUAAAUCAUCUUUCAACUACUUGUUACUUGAUCCACGAAUUAGUCAAAAUUUACCAGCAACUGUGACUUCUCAGAAUUUGAGUACCUGGCGCCAAUUCAUUUCAUCUGUUUUUUAUAUUGGAAAGGGUAAACGCUCAAGGCCAUAUGCUCACCUUUACCAAGCUGUUCAUUCUUGGAACAGGAGAGAGAUAGUAAGAAGUCAAAAUGCUAAGAUUCAGCGAAUUCUUGACAUAUGGAAAGAUGGACAUGGGGUAGUGUGUCUUCAUGUUUUCCAGAAUGUAAUUCCAGUGGAGGCUUUCACCCGGGAAGCAGCUAUGAUAGAUGCCAUUGGCUCUAACAAUAUUGUUAAUUUAAAGAGUGGGGAAUAUUAUGGACCAGCUUCUACUUGGAGAACACGUCAAAAAAGGCAGCUUGGUGUCCAUCUACUGUACAGAGCAAUGAGGAUAUUCCUCUGUGACGGAGAGCGACAACUUCGUCCUGGAGACAUUGACUGAAGCAGAUCCUGCUUUUGUUUUACAUUAAUAUCAUUUCAUGUAUUGACUUAGAGUAUUGUAUUCAGAUUUUUAAUUUUAACUAUGAUGUUUCAUUGUUUUCUCACGUCAAAUGUGUUCAUAUAUAUUAGGUUUCUGUUUUACUCGAGAGAAAUCUAAUACUGGCUGUGAUCAUAUCUUAUUAGUUUACUGGUUUCCAAUUUUUCUUUGAAAGAAAGAAAACAAUUAAAAUCUUACAUGUUUGUGUAUUUCUUUUAACAACUUGUGUUUGUGUUAUAUUACAGUGUGACAAUAUGUAUAAAUAAAUAGCAUUAAUUUAGUAGAAAGUACUCACAA